AUGGACGAUAUGAUGAUACCAGUUGUCGUCCCAACUGAGUUGCGCGAGGCAUAUCGAAAUAGGUUGGGCCGAGUUGCCCAAAAUGUGUUGGCAAUAGUUGAUUUCGAUAUGAAAUUUAUAUUUGUUUACACUGGAUGGGAGGGAUCCGCGCAUGAUGCACGUGUGUUCCACCAUGCUGCAAGUGAUCCAGAAGCCCAUUUUCCAUGGCCACCAGAGGGUCAGUAUUAUCUUGUGGAUUCAGCUUAUCCAUGCACUACGGGAUUGAUGCCCCCUAUCCAAGAGAACGUUAUCACCGGAGUGAUCGUCACAAUCAGAGGGGUUUUCAUGGUUAUUGAGCCUGCGGUUGGUGAUGGGGCAUCCUCAUCUACUCAUGUAGACUUGUCAAUUGAAGCCCAAAACAAUAUGGCUGCGAUUAGAGAUGAGAUUGCCAUUUCUAUGUGGGAAGCAAGGGGUGGCCAUUGA